GAUAUUGAUGCCAAUCAAUAUCGAUAACCAUUGGAUGCUGCUGGCAGCUAAUAUGAAGAAAAAAACAGUUGCCAUUUUAAAUUCAACCGGGGAAACUCCCCAUGUACAUACGUACAUAAACUACUGGAGAACAUUCAUGCGCCAAAGAGCAACCAAAUUAGAGAAACAGCUACGUGCGUGGAAGCCGGUGACAUAUCCUGUAAGUGCACAAAAAGAUGGGAGAAGCUGCGGCAUAUUUGUCCUAAUGAAUGCGGAGGCACUUUUGGCAGGCGUUCCGCCUAUCGUCAUGCGCCAAGUGCAUGUUGAUAUGUACAGGGAUUACGUGAAAAAUAGCAUUAUGAUGGAAGAUGCAAGGAAACCAUCCUCCAAAUGCUGUGCAGAAAAAUGUAAGCACCCCAAGGGCAAGUCGCACUGGAUUCAGUGCGACAACUGCCAAUGCUGGUCACACUUCAGUUGUGUUGACAUUAAAAUUAAAAAACAGCCAAAAACAUUUUAUUGUUUUGUGUGCACUAACCGUGGUUGUCAAUUUUAACUUUGUUCUAUUUCUCGUCGCUGUGUCUUCCCUUUCUCCAUUCGUGUUUUACUUUUUGUCUUGUUUUCUCUUGGAAGUUUUUGAUAUUUUUGUAAUGACUUUUUUAUGCUCUUAAAUUUUAAAUUGUUGUUUUAAAUACCGUCAUUUAUAUUGCCUCUUUUUUGUAAAUUGUUUAUGUUUCCUUCUGAGAUACAAAU